AUGAAUUUCGAAGUAAUUAGACCAUCAACAUAUCUAUAUGAUGUUAUUGUAAAACAAAAUACAGAUUUACCAAAUCAUUAUCAAAUUCAUUCGAAUUAUGGAUUUUAUUAUGGACAGGUGAAUGAAUCGAUGUAUAAAGAGGGUUACGGUGUAUUUCUAUAUUCAACCAGUACCUACUUGGGAAAUUGGAAGAAUGAUCAAAAAUUUGGUGAAGGUUCAUUGGUUAUCAAUGAUGGAUAUAGACAUAGAUAUGAAAAUAACAGUAUCAACAACAUUAGAAAUAAUAGUAGUGCAAGUAGUGUCGGUGUGAUACCACCUACUUUGACUAUUCAGAGUUUGGUAUCACCCUAUAAGGGUGCACACUUGGAGCAUACACCGGUGAUUGCAAACAACCCGUCGUACAGUACGGUGUCGCGUAUCAAUGAGACAUUCGAUACCGUAGAGAACACCAUGAUGGAACUGACGCUACCACAGUAUUUGGCGAAGCGCAACUACUACUCUGGCAAAUGGCAGAACGGCAAAGCCAAUGGAAUCGGUUCGUUCCACUUUGCACAAGAUCAAUCGGUUCAUCAAGAUUUCUGGAGAAACGGUGUUGCCAUUCGUUAUAUAAAUCAAAAUCAACAACUUAAUUCAAUAACAACAUCGACAACAUCUACAACUUCGACAACAUCUGAUCAACAACAACAACAGCAACAACAAGUUGAGAAAUUAGUACAGAAUGAAGAGUUGAAAAAGAUGUUGGACGAUUGGAAAAAAGUGGUCGGUUCCGACGAUGACUUCCCGAUAUCACGUCCAUAUCUUGGUGCAAUGUCUGUACAGGAAUCAAGUUCAUUGAUGACCUCGCCAACAGAUGGUAAUAGUACGAAUAAUACUACUACUACUACUACUGCUACAACAACUCCUACUAAUAAUACUGGUGAUGCAAGACCGGCAUUUUUAAAAUCAACUAAAUCCAGUCGUGACAAUCAAUAUUCACUGAAUAGUUUGUCGAUAACACCAACACCAACCUCACCAAUAAGUGAAUCAAAAUCACCUGUUUCUACACCUUCCACUGUCAGCUCUCAGAUGCAAUUCAGUCCGCCAACCGUUGGAAACAAUCUAACUUCACAAUUGAUUCAACAAUCGCAAUCAUCUUCACUAUCUCAGUCGGUACCAUCGAUAUCAUCAUCAUCAUCAUCUUCACCAUCACCCAAUAAUCAACAACAACAACAAGUACAACAAGUACAACUAAAUUUAACAAGUAAACAAUCAUUUGGAGUUAUAACAUCAUCUUAUCUGAAAAAUAGAAUUGAGAAUGAAGAAAAGUUCUUCAUUGCGCUGAUUAUGUUCAUUUCGAAAUGGGAGUUACCGUUGAAUGCUAUGCUACCGAGUGGCGCUAGUUCGACGCCUGGCAAUAUGAUGCACUCGUCAGGCAUUGUCAGUCCAAACUUUAUGAUUGUCGUUCCCGAUAUUGAGUCGGCGACAUUCCUACCGCUGUCGUCACUGGUCAUGCAUUGCAACAUCAUGGAGAAGAUGAUCUACCGACUCCUUACCGACCCGGAAACACGAUCGACUCUCAAUCAUCACGUCCACCAGCAACACAUCAACCCGGGCGGUGCAGAGAACAACAACAACUUGAUCACCAGCACUUCGACCGCGUCGACGACACGCGACGAACGCGAGUUGAACAAGUUGAUUCCGUUCUGCAUCGAGGUGGAAGCCACCGAGGAUACCAACAACAUCCAGCGGUUCAACAUCGACCCGAUCGUUGCCAACCUCAAACUCUUCACCAAGCCAAUCACCGACUUCAACUCGAUACCCUCGUUCCUCGUUCACUACAUAUGCGACAUUGUCUCUGCAUUCAAAAAGGACAAACCAUUCGAACUCUAUUUCCUGAACACUCGAUUCCACGCCGUUCAAGAGCAGUUCAUCCAAUUGAUAAACAAGAUAGAAUCGUACAAUAACUCGAUAUUGGUCAGUCAGCAACAGCAAUCGGCGAACAUCAUACAACAGCAAAUUAAAGGAACGUUAAGACCGUCUUCAAGAGGAGUGGUUACCAAUCCAAAUGGUACAAUCAAAAUGAAUAGUACUACCAUUGGUUCAUCUAAAUUAACAGCCACAUCUACAACGACAACAAACUCAACAAAUGCAACAAACUCAACAACUACAACAACAACAACUACAUCACCAUCACCACCAGGACCAAAUAGUUCAGUACCGUCACGUCCUAGGAAUCAACCGUUUACCAUUCAAAAGCAAUCUACCAUUGACAAUAUCAAUAAGUUCAACAUUGCAGAGCAAGAGAAAAACAAAGCGUUGGCCAACUCCUCUUUGUUAUCGAAGCGACAACAUCUCGAUAAAUCAACAUUGGAUUUCGUAUAUCAUUUGUUCCGUUCGUCUUUUGUCAUGCCAAGAGCACUCGAAAGUUCAAUACAACUACUCGAGUCGAUCACCGCCAAUAUCAACUCACUGAAAGACGCUCUGCGUAAGAGGAUAAAGCUAUUCAAAGAAGCUGCACAGGUAGAUAUUCUCAUUGCAAAGAGUAAUAGUAAUAAUACAACAACAACAACAACGAUUCAAUCACAACAACAACAACAACAACAAGUCAAUCCACUGGUGGCAAACAACAUCGAACAUUGUAAAGAAUAUAUGAAGUUGAAAGACCGACAGAUUCAACAGUUCAUCGAGAGUCAAGAUCGUGAACUGGCAUUGUUCGACCACACCAGCGAUGUCUGUGAUAAACUCUGCAAAGUUCUAUUCAAACAGCUGCUCAACAUCACCAUUAAACGACUCACAGUCGCAGCUAAUUUCAUUCAGAGAAUUAACAGUUCAACAAAAGCAAAUACAAAUAAUGAAACAACAACAACAACAACAACUACUACUACAACACAACCACUCUUAACAACAGAGUAUAUUAUUAAAUUUAUCAAACAUAUAUUUAAUAUCUCUUCAAAGUUACUAAAUAUAUGUAGUUCUCCUUCAUUGUCAAGUGAAAAAGAUUUAUUAAAUAAUAUCAAACAGUUUAUGUCACAACAAAGUAAAUUAUUUGCUUUACUACCUCAGAAACCAGUGGUACAACAACAACAACAACCGACUGCUGCAGCUACAGCAACUUCGAGUAGUACACCAGAUAAAUCAUCACCUUCACCAUCUACAUUUAGUUUAGGUGGUCUAAUGGGUAUAUUCUCAAAGAAGAAUCUCGAGUUCUUCUCUAUCAAUGAACCAAAUGGAGCGAAUGAACAAACUACUACAGCACCAACACCAGCCAACUCUACCAAUACAACACCAGCAACAACGCCAACAAAGAAAUCAGAUCUAGAUAAAAGCGCUGAUAAUAUAUCAUCAACAUCGAAUAAUAAUGAUACUUCACUUAAUACAAGUAUAACUAUUAUUACACCAUUAAAUAAACUAUCAGGUGAUAUCAUUCAAGGAAACUAUCAUUUGAUUCCAAUUCUAUCUACUUGUGGAGAUGAGAUGACCAUUGCCUAUCUAACUACGAUUCUCGCUGAAACAAGAUCCAGUCUAAAAGAGAAGCCAAUAGAGUCAAUCAAUUAUUUAGUUAAUGUAUUACUUCAAACAACGAUGACAUGUACAUUUAAGACCUAUCGUUGUGAAGUUUUCAAAACUAUUGCACCACUUGUUAAAAUAUAUAAAUUAAAAGAUGAAUUAUUUCAAAAGAAUAAGGAUCUAUUAAAGAUAUUAAUGGAUACAUGUAUUAAAGAUGAGAUAUUCAUAUUCGCACCAUAUUAUUGUAUGUUUUUAGCGAAUGCAUGCGAUGACCUCUCUGUGAAAUCAAAACAGGAAUUCAUUGCUAUGUUUGGUGUUCAAAUGUUCAUCGAUCUCAUGGAGAAAGCCAAUUCAAAGAUUACAAUAUCCGGUGCUGAUAUACUUCGUGCUCAAUCUGCUCAAAUCCUAAUACAUUUAGCAAAAGCAUCAUUUGAUUGUUUAGCAGAUAUAAAGAAUCGUGGUGGUUUGAGUACGAUUUUGGAACUUUGUAAGCUGGGACAGGUAUUCUCGCAUACCAAGAUCGAGGAGACCGAUUUGGUGAUUGGCGAGUUCUUGGGAGCAGGUGCAUUGGCGCGUGUUAACAAGGCGCAGUGGAAUGGCAAGGAAGUAGCGGUCAAGAUAUUCAAUGAGGGAUCGUAUUCAUUCCGUUUGGAGGACUUCUUGAAGGAGGUGGCGAUCAUGGGUUUGAUCAACCAUCCGAAUCUUCUCAAACUCGAAGGUGCUUGUAUCAUCCCGAGAAAUGCGGAAUCCACCUUUAUGAUCGUCACGGAGAUCAUGCACAAGGGUACACUGCUGGAUGUCAUCAAGAAGAGUCAUCCACUUUCCUACUCGACCAUUGUGCGACAUGCACUGUCGGUUGCUCGCGGUCUUGACUACCUGCAUUCGAUCGAUAUGAUUCAUCGUGAUAUCAAAGCUGCCAAUAUUCUAGUGGAUAAACAUGAUUUCGCAAAGAUUCCAAGCUCCGUACACUCCAGUCUGAGUUCUCUUAUCAAAGAAUGUCUAAGUCAUUCCGCAAAGAAACGUCCUACAAUGGUACAAAUCCGUGCCAGACUUGAAGAAGCACUAGAAAAUCCACCAAAAUCAACAUACUAA